UUUCCAAUUCCUAAAAUGAUUCACCAGGAAAUGGAUAUUGAUCAUGAGUGGGUUUUCCUGCCUGAUAAUAAUUUCCUGGAUAUCAAUCAGGAUGGUGAAAAAAAAGUUCAUGGAGGAAAAAGAAAUUCUGACACAAAACUUGUUUUCCUGACAGAUUACUUCAACAAGGAACAGCCUCCACCAUCAGGAAAUUCAAGGAGGGUCCCUAAACAGGUUGUUCCAGUUUCAUUUCCAUUGGAACAAAGAAUCUUUAAGGCUCCAGAAAAUGAGCUGGGGGAGGAAACUACCACAAGGGUGCCUAUUGAUGUCACUUCUACGCCAGCCAUGAUCCCUGAGAAGAUCGAAGAACUUGAUAUUGGAUCAUUUGAAGGUGGUAAAGAAGUGAAGACACAAGUUUGCUUUAGGAAACCAACUUACAAUGAAUCUGUCGACAUGACCAACAAAAUGGACUCACCAAAGUCCACUACUAGGGGAAUUAUUCCUCAAAUUGAUGCAGCAGGUACGUUUAAUUUUGAUGAAAAAGGUGAGGUUUUGGAGAACAUGACUUCCCCAAGAAAGAAAGAUUUGGUGGAAAAGAAAUUUGAGAUCAAAGAAGAUGUCACCUGGGAGGAGAACUCUGGUGGCCUUAAUUUAUGGAAAUGGAGCUUAACUGGUAUUGGAGCCAUCUGUUCUUUUGGUGUUGCUGCUGCUACCUUUUUUAUCAUCGUAUUGGGAAGUCAACAAAGACACAAACAGCAACAUCAGAACCAGAAGCUGCUUUUCCAGCGUUACACUGAUGACAAGACGAUGAAGCAAGUGGUUCAUCAUGCAACCAAACUCAAUGAAGCAAUUUCUGCAGCUAGAGGAGUUCCAAUCACCAGAGCUCACAUAACAUUUGGUGGUCAUUAUGAUGGUCUUUAAAGCACUGCCUUCUAGAGAAUCCGGAACCGUUCACCGGCUUGAUCAAUUGUUUGUGAAGUGUGAUGGAUUUGCCAUGCCAGUUCUACAAGAUUCAUAUAGUGUGUCUGUUUUUGUACAUAAUAUGGAUGCUUAUUAUAUGGAUUCUGAAUCCUGUUUGGUACUCCUGAAUUUCUAUAUUUUUGUGUCUAUUUAGCCACUUAAUAGUUUCAACUGUGGGAGGUGACCUUAGUGAAAUGUCUACAAAUUCACCACUUGCUAAAGUAUAUGAUCAAAGGAAUCAAACUGAAGGCAGAAAUUGUCAUGACAAUAAAAUCUUACCAAGAUUAUCAUU